AAGGUCAUGAACCUGGAAAUUGCUCAAUCUUCAUUUUCUUCACAAUAUAAAAACACCCAGACCUCAAACUCUUCCAGCCGGUUUCGGAGAAAUUAACAAAGAAAAAACACAGCAGUUGCCAGUGUUUUGUACUCUGCAAUGGCGAUGUGGACAGUUUAUUUGUUUCUUGGGUUUUUUCUUGCUACAGAGGGCCUGGUGCUUGGACAAAAAGAACCAUCCAGCUUUUCGCAUAAGCUUUGUCCGGGUGAGUGGUCAGCCCAUGGAUCUAGAUGUUUCAAGUUCUUCAAAUCACCACUCCAAUGGAUUGACGCAGAGUUUGAAUGUUUGAAGCAUGGUGCAAAUCUUGCAUCAGUACACAACAACAAAGAAAACGUCUUUUUAAAGAAUCUCAUCAAAGAAGCCACUGGCUCUCCCACUAAGUACUGGCUAGGUGGUCAUGACUGUGUAGCUGAAGGAAAAUGGGUUUGGAGUGAUGGAUCCAAAAUGAGCUUCCAGGACUGGGACAAAGGUCAACCUGAUAACUACAAAAAUGGAGAAGACUGUCUUGAGAUGAACUAUGGAGGUUCUUUUAAAUGGAAUGAUGCCUUGUGCACUGUACUCAGGCCAUUUGUUUGUGCCUUGAAGUGAAGAUUUGGCAACGCAUAUCCAUCUGCAAGAAUCAUC